AUGGGUAAGCCAGGAACAGCCAGCAGCUCUUCAAAACCCGCCACUGAAAAGAAGAAGUCCAAGAAGAGGGAGAAAGUAGAGGAAGAGGAGAAAGUAGAGGAAGAGUUGAAAGUAGAGGAAGAGAAGGAUGUUUAUGUUGUGGAGAAGAUUCUGGAUAAGAGGGUUUUAGAGGACGGAACAGUGCUCUAAUAUCUCAAAUGGAGGAAUUACCCUGAGUCAGACAACACCUGGGAGCGAGUAAGGAAUUUAGAUUGUGACGAGCUGAUAUCUGAGUUUGAGAAGGUUAUCAAGUCUGUUGAUGAUAUCAACGAACAAAAGCAAGAAAAAACAACAACGAAGAGUUCCGGCGAUAUUCAGAGUAAAGUUGGAGAUUUUUAUUCAGAUUUGGAGACAAAGGAAGUUGUACUUGGAGGUGUUGUUGGUGACAUGGAAUACAGUUGGUUGUCUGUUGGGACUGCAAAAGCUGCUGUUGGAGACUGUGUCUUCGUGAGACUAACAGAAGGAAUACAAAUGGGAAGAAUAAUAUCAAUAUACAAAGAACACAAGAACGCUACAGAUCCUGUACGUCUGAAACUGUUCAGAAUCUACUUGGAGGAGGAGAUGUUUGCCACCAAGCGGAAUUCAGCGACAAUCCAUGUCAAUGAGGCUUUUGCUACGGACUUUAUUAUCCAUGCUCUGGCAUGUCAGGUGGAUGAAACUGUUGAUGUGGUUUAUUUGAAAAAGCGAGAGAAGAUUCCUCCGAAGAAUGAGAUACCUAAAGGACGGCUGUUUAUUAGGCGGUAUUACCACCCACUAAAACACAUAGUACGAUCCCUCGCUGAACCUCUAGACUCAGCAGAUCUCUCUAUCAUACCUCAACCCUAUCCUCCUAUAAAUGGUCAUAACGAGGAAGAUAUGAACCUCAACAGGAAAACAUGCAUUCCUGAUGUUGUUUAUGUACGACCACUUUGGUUCCGGAACUAUGACAAUGUUUCUUUCCUCUAUCGGUGUGAUGAUCCGCCUCCCGGUCUGUCGGUUAGUUUGUGA